CGUCACCGAAAAACGUGCGCUAGGAGAGGAGAGAUGUGAGGUGCUAGGUGUGUGGUGUGUUACUGGCGUCCACAAUUUGGUUCUUGACAGGAUAUGUGUUCUGGGAUGUCCUGAGAUGCAGUGACGAUGGAGAGUGCCGACAUAGCUGAAGAGGAGGACCGUAGUUCGCCGGUGAAGGCUGCACGUCUGAGUGCACAAGAACUGCUGGCUCAUCGGAACCUGGACCGUACUGUUCCUCCCAGAGGGGGGACGAAGGACUAUGCCCCAGACGGGAGCCAGGAGCAGGAGGAGAAGCUGCAGGGCAUGUACAGUCUGUACAGGAGGAUGCUGGCAGAGGAAAGGGUCAAUAAGAUUGGAAACCUGUCCACAGCAACCUGGCUGGAAGAUCUAGGUCUUGCAGAAGUCACUGUAGACAAGGGUAAGUUCUGGCAUCACAUGGGGCACACCGAUGAAGGCAAGAAAUAUCUGUAUCCAGAAGAAGUAGUUUUCCUGAUGGAGAUGAAUUCCAUUGAGGUGUACUGGAAUAAGGUACCACUGGCGAUACAGCAGGCCUAUGCCAUGAUGCUAGGGGACAAGGUCAGCAUGGAGCAGUACCAGGUAUAUGCUCACCUGUCCAGACUUGGCUACAUACUGAUGAGACAUCAAUCAAGAGAGCACUUCUCUUGGUAUGAGCGUCAGAUCCAGCUGGAUGAAUACAUCCCCUUGAAGGAGCGAAUCAAGGAAGGCCUAAGUUCACAAGUCAGGGACUGGUUUCCUUCAAACUUAAAGGAAGAACAAGCUUCUUCAGGUAACUUAGAUAAAACGGAGGAGGUACAAAAUGUACAUAGAAACAAGCUUGCCAGCCAAGAAAGUGAAGAAGAAGUGAAGUCGGCAUCACAUUCAACAGUAGAACAUUCAACCUUCAAUCAAAUGUCAGAUCCAAGGUCAGAGGGAGAAAAAUCAAAGAUGAAAGGAAGAAGUGAACAGCCUGUGGAUGAUGAACAGAUGGAAAUAGACUGUGAAAAUGAUAGGAAAGACAAGAAUGAGAAGCAAGAGGGAUUGAACUCUUCAGUUUUGGUACCUCAUGAAUACAAGUGGGACUUUACCAACAUUAACAUACCCAAUGUGGGACAAGAUUGCAAUGUCUCAGAGAUCCCUGCACCUAGUGCAGAACUCCUCCCAGCUGGUGUACAGGUGAACAGCAUUCUUAAGAUCAACACAGGUGCGUUCUCACUGAACACGAAGAAAGGAAGCAAACGGAAAUCCAAUUCAGAGCACCUUUCCAAGAUUGUGCCAAACCUGAGAGCUGAAGAUGACCCAAGAAAAGUGUCCAGGAACUGGGUGGAGUAUAAGGAGCUGUGUGGAGUGAAGAGGGAAGUGGACAUGUCUGACACAGCUGUAGCACACCUGUGGGAGGGAGAUGUCACCCCAUUGGUCAGGCCAAGUGAUGCUACAGACAUGGGUACCAUCUUAAGCAAGCUGCAGGUGAUUCAAAAUAUCAGUCUGGAGAAAGAGUGCAGCAGCCUCCCGAAACCUGAUAGAACCCUGGAGAUUGCGUAUGACGUGUUCCUGCCUGAUUCUCACUUUAAGAAAUCCAAGCCUGGCAGGCCCAACCUCAGGGUUUGUGUUCAGAGGUUUUCUGACGCGGCGCCUGAGUUAGCGCUGAUCGUGCAGCUGAACCAGCUGAGUUCCCCCGUGCCUCUCCUCUGGGCGGUGGUGGACAACGGAGAUAUCUCCUUCUACAGCUUCACAGAGGCAGACCUGCCUACAGAUUACCACAUGUGAUACACACAUCGGCACCUGCGCAAAACCUGUAAUGUAGUGUGCUUAGCUUAUCUAAGGAUAACAUCCCGUCAUGUGUGGAAAAGAUAUCGUCUGCAGCGGACAAAAUUCUAAUGCAACGUUGACCAAACAUCCAACAUGAAAUAUCCAGGUUUCACCCAGGAGCAGUACAUUCUGCCAACGUGUUCAUUUGAUAUCAAUAUGGCUCCAACUAUAUUCAAAACUACAAUAAGUCAUAAGAUUUAUGCACCACCUUAAGUUUUUGUGGUACUUAAACUUUUGUUAGAAUGGCAGUAAAAAAGAUAUCAACUUCAGUAUCCAUAGGAACAAGCAGGCCAAAAAAGUUCAGGUGUAAACAGGAUGCUUAUUCUCUUCUACAAAUCUAUAUUCUACAAAUCAACAUGUGGUGCUGCCAGGCUCUCAGUGUUGAUGAUGAAAAGAAGGACGUCAGUGAUCACAGGUGGCCAGCCGAACACUUAUCAACAGGAUGUGGAGUUCAUUAGUGAGCAUGAUCACCAGCAGGUUUAAAAAUGGCACUGUUUGUCCCCAGAAGAAACGGAAUCAGAUAUAUCUCCGGUUGUCUCCCUACAACCACAGCUCACACAAUGGUAGGAAAUUAAAGAGUCCCAGGCCGUAUUACAAUCCACCGAGGCCAUAUUGUAUAGUACAGGAGUGGAGAUUUAUAUAAAGCAGUCCUACAUGGAUUGUGAGUGUUAGUUGUGUGAACACAGGAAGAAGGGAACAGCAGGUGGAAGAUUAAGUGAUUUGAAAGCUCCUGGGAUGUCUAUCAAGUGAGAAUCUUCUUCAGCUGUGCACCACAUUGUAUGAAAAUUUUUUAUCAACAAGUCAUUAAAUUUUAUGAAUGAUUUGGAUCUAAAUCAGAAUUGGAAUAAGAAUUAUCCUUUACAGUGUAUAUCAAGACCAUGAUACCACCAUGUCUUGUUUCAUCUCUUUUAAGAUUUUUUUUCUUUG